GUGCUGCAGUCCAACGGAACUUACAACAACGGCGGUUGCUCUGCCUUUUGUGAGGAACACAUCAACACUCAAACAGGGUAUUGCCCAUUUGAUCCUACUUCCAUCGGUACUGGUUGUUGCCAGGCCCAAAUCGUCGGAGAGACAGGUUUAGUGGGAGCAGAACUAAUAGACUUGAGCAGGAAAGUGCAACGUAGGAAGGUUUUCCCAUGCAGCUACGCCUUUAUCCAGGAGGUUUCAGACACAUAUCAAACCGGAUUUUCGUAUCCGUUGUUCUACCUCCAUAACUCAACCGCGUUGCAGAAUGACAAUUGGGCGUCGGCAACAAGUCCACCAGUGGUGCGGCUGGACUGGAUUGCCGGGCUUGAAAACUGCAACCAAGCAAAGCUAAAUCCUACUAGUUACGCAUGUCGAGAUGAGAGGAGUUUAUGUGUUGAUGUUGCUAACGUCAGUAGAGGAUACAGGUGUAGCUGCGUCCAAGGUUACGAGGGCAACCCUUACCUUCUUGGAGGCUGCCAAAGUUCGUACUACUAUUCUUCUUUUAUUUUAUUAUAUUUUCGCAAACACCUUUCACUAACACUAUCUCCAGCUAUUGCAUUUCCCAGUUCAAUUGCAAGAAAUGGGUGCCAGGAUCAGUGUGGGAAACUGUCAAUUCCAUUUCCAUUGCUCUUUGGAGCCAUCCUUUGAAGUAGAUUGCGAUACCUCCGCGAACCCUCCCAAAGCUUACCUCUCUAUUCUCAAGAAAGAAAUCACCCUCUUAAAUUUAUCACAGGACUAUCCAACACUUGGUUAUGCUUGCUACAAUCUCAGCAGAGAAUCAUUAUUAAGACGGAAGAGCAAAGCUUGAGGAUUGACUUGUCAAAAACAAAAUUCACGUUGUCGGAAGAUAGUUGGAUCUCUGUGAUUGGGUGCGAUGAUAUUAAUAUAAUGGUGGGUAUGACUCGACAUGUCAAUCGAACUUGUGUUGGCAGUACAUGUGCAGCUGUUUGCAAGGAUAACCAAAUUGCUAAUGAUUAUUACGCAUAUUGUCCGACAAAGAGGGCUGAGUAUUGGCCUGGAAAUGGCUGUUGCAGGGCAUAGUGGCCGAUGGCCGCGAACCAAUUUCUAUUGCAGCUACGCCUUCCUUGGAACCAAGGAUGACUAUUAUGAAGCAACAUACCCCAUUUUUAAUAACUCAACACAGAUUCUAUCUGAUGAUCCACACAUCAAUUACCGACCCACGAUAGUUCCACUGGACUGGAGGAUUGGUGCCGUAAAUUGCAAAGACGCGCGACUCAAUCCGACUGAUUAUGUUUGUCAGAAUAACACCGUCUGCAUUGAUUUUGAUGAUACAGUUAGAGGCUACCUCUGCAACUGCUCCAAAGGAUACCAGGGCAACCCUUACCUUAGCCCAGGAUGCAAAGAUAUUGAUGAAUGCGCUGAUAGUGCACCUAAUGCAUGCGUUUCAAAUUCAAUUUGUAUCAAUGUUGUUGGAUCUUAUCACUGCUCAUGCCCCAAAGGAUAUGUUGGUGAUGGCACCCCUUGUAUUAAGGUGUCGCCAUCCAACACCAAGACCAUAAUCUUGGCAGGUAUGGGCUCUGGAUUAGGAUUUCUUGUACUCGCCUUAAUGUCCUUUUGGUUGAUUAGAGCAUUGAAAAAGAGAAGGGAAAAAGUGAUUAAGGACAGAUUUUUCAAACGAAAUGGUGGUCUUCUCUUACAACAACAACAACAACAACAAAAUGAAGGCACAAUUCGAAAAACAAAACUUUACACUGCAAAAGAGUUGGAGAUAGCUACUGAUCACUUUAAUGAAAACCGAAUCCUUGGACAUGGAGGUCAGGGUAUUGUCUAUAAAGGUAUGUUAUCUGAUGGUAAAAUUGUUGCAGUGAAAAAAUCAAAGUUGCUUGAAGAAAUGCAAUUGAAACCGUUCAUAAAUGAGGUGGUUAUAUUGUCACAAAUCAAUCACAAGAAUGUGGUCAGUUUGUUGGGUUGUUGCUUGGAAACGGAAGUUCCUUUGCUUGUUUAUGAAUUCAUGCCAAAUGGUAGCCUUUAUAAUCUCAUACAUGAUCCAAAUAAUGAAUUUCCUUUUCCAUGGAACAUGCGUUUGAAAAUCGCAGAAGCAUUGGCCUAUUUACACUCUGCAUCUUCUGUAGCGAUCUAUCACAGAGACAUCAAGUCAAGUAAUCUCCUUUUGGACGAGAAAUAUGUUGUCAAAGUGUCGGACUUUGGAACUUCAAAGCCCAUUUCUGCAGGUCAAACUCACUUAACUACUCUGGUUAAAGGGACGUUCGGAUAUUUAGAUCCAGAGUAUUUUCAUUCGAGUAAAUUCACGGAAAAGAGCGAUGUUUAUAGUUUUGGAGUGGUUCUUACCGAGCUUCUUACUGGUAAAAUGCCAAUUUCGCUUGACGAGGAAGAGGAGGAAAGAAGCCUAGCUACUUGGUUUCGUUCAUGUAUGGUAGGAAACUGCCUGGACACGAUUUUGGAUCCUCAAAUUUUGGAGCAAGGUAUGAAGGAAGAAGAGGUGGUUUUAGUGGCUAAACUUGCUCAAAAAUGCUUGAAUUUGAAAGGAAAAAUGAGACCAACUAUGAAACAAGUGGCUGUCGAAUUGGAAAGUUACAGGUUAUCUCAAAGGUCUAUUAGAGUUGAAGAUGAAUCUGAAGAUGUGAGAUUUUUUGAAGACAUUCCUGGAUCAAUUUCUGAAAAUGAUUUCACAUUGCCAUGUAGAUAGUGUGUGUAACCGCAUGUAUAAGAAUUUACAAAAAAAAAUUUAAAUUUCAUGCACAUACUGUAACAAAAGUUCUCUCAUCAGUCUCAAAUUCCGGCCAAG